AGCCGAAUCUAAUACAACUGGAAUCCCUUGUACCGAAAACGCAACCUUUUUCUCUCUCCCUCUCUUUCUCGGAAAACUCUUCAUUCCUGGAAAUCGUUCAUCCUCGCUUUGAUUCUCUCUGUUUCCUUUCAGUUGCAAUUUCUGUUUCGUGCCGAGAAGAUAAAGUGACGUUGUGGGGGCUUUUCAGCUCUUGAGGCUGACAUGGGUCAAACUUUUCGCAAGCUUUUCGAUACUUUCUUCGGCAACCAGGAAAUGAGGGUCGUUAUGCUUGGUCUGGAUGCGGCUGGCAAAACAACGAUUCUGUACAAGCUACACAUUGGGGAAGUUCUGUCAACUGUUCCCACGAUUGGUUUCAAUGUUGAGAAAGUUCAGUACAAGAAUGUGAUGUUCACAGUUUGGGAUGUUGGUGGCCAAGAAAAGCUGAGGCCCUUGUGGAGGCAUUACUUCAAUAAUACCGAUGGACUUAUAUAUGUGGUAGACUCCUUGGACCGAGAAAGAAUUGGUAAAGCUAAGCAAGAAUUUCAGGAGAUCAUAAAAGACCCAUUCAUGCUCAACAGUGUCAUCCUUGUGUUUGCGAACAAACAAGACAUGAGAGGAGCCAUGUCUCCUCGAGAAGUAUGUGAAGGGCUUGGCUUAUUAGAUCUCAAGAACAGGAAAUGGCAUAUACAAGGCACAUGUGCUCUUCAAGGAGAUGGGCUCUAUGAAGGCUUAGACUGGUUAUCCUCUACGCUCAAAGAGGUUAAAGCCGCUGGUUACUCAUCGGUUGGUCCCACAUUUUAACAUACUUCGUUUAUAAAGAAAAAAAGAAAAAAAACGACUAGCUAAAUCGGCAUACGAAAAGUACCAAAUCAAGCUCAUGGUGUCUCAGUCUCUCCACCAUUGUAUACUUUUGAUCAGUGGCCAGGUCUUCUUAUUGGCACUGUAAUAUCACAAAAUCAAAACCUCUUAGACUUUUGUAAUGGAAGUUUUUUUUUUCUUUUUGACACUGUUUCUGAAAGCUGUUAUGUAAUUGGCGCUUGGUUGUAUAUUCUGAUGGAAAAGUUUGUAAUCUGCAAACUUAAACUAGAUGAUUGAUAUUUUCCCGUC